GCGCGGGACGGCGCGUGGGGGUAUCGCCCCCAGCUCGCGGCCCAGGCGGGCAGGGUCGCGGAUGGCCGGUAUGCACCCGCUGCGUCCCGCGGCGGCGUUCUUUCGGAGUCGGGCCUGGGUGCAGAGCUGCGCGGUGCGGAGGCGGGGCCCCCUUGGGCGUUUGAACCUCCUCAAGUGAUCCGACAGGUUCGCGCGGUUUCGGGUCCGAGAGUUUUAGGCCAGUGUGCGUAGAUCGGGCCCCACUUCCCCGACUGAGAUCCUGACGGGCAUCCAAAGGAGUCGCAGGAGCGAUAGUUUGCCAAAACCCACGGUGUCUUCACUUAUGGGAUGCAGGACUGAAAACCGGGUGGGGAUGCGCAGUCGAUCCCUCAUCUGUCCUCUCGCAGCUCCGGCGGGCAGAUUUCGACGAGCCGGACCGGACAGUCAGUGUGGAGUCGCCCUGGCCUGGGGCACUUGAUUUCUGGGAAGUCUGGCCCCUGUGAUUGGCCCCUCAGCAAAGUUUGGAGGAACGCAAGAGAAAAAGGGGUUGGAGAGGAAAUGAUCAGAGGCCGAGUGCAGUGUGCUUGCUCUGUUUUUGGGAAGAGAAAGUGGAAAUGAAGAAAGUACUCAAGAAUGACCAAAAAAAGAAAACGCCAAGAUGAUUUUCAAAAGAUAAAACUAAAAGUUGGUAAAAAGAAGCCUAGGUUAGAAAAUGCUACUACAACAAAUUUUAAAACGAAGACUAUACAUGUCCCUGAGCAACUCAAAGAGGAUGGAACACUUCCAACAAACAAUAGGAAACUUAACAUAAAGGAUUUGCUGUCACAAAUGCAUCACUACAAUGCUGGGGUUAAACAAAGUGCUCUUCUUGGACUUAAAGACCUUUUGUCUCAAUACCCAUUUAUAAUUGAUGCACACCUUUCAAACAUAUUAAGUGAAGUGACUGCUGUGUUUACAGAUAAAGAUGCUAAUGUACGAUUAGCAGCAGUUCAACUUCUUCAAUUCCUGGCCCCCAAAAUACGAGCUGAACAAAUUUCUCCAUUUUUUCCUUUGGUAAGUGCCCAUCUCUCUAGUGCCAUGACUCACAUUACUGAAGGAAUUCAGGAGGACUCUUUAAAAGUUUUGGACAUUCUGCUGGAACAGUACCCAGCUCUAAUUACUGGCCGUAGCAGUAUAUUGCUUAAGAAUUUUGUAGAACUUAUUUCUCAUCAGCAGCUGUCCAAAGGACUGAUAAAUAGAGACAGAUCCCAGUCCUGGAUACUUUCUGUAAAUCCUAAUCGGAGACUCACUUCUCAGCAGUGGAGGCUGAAAGUCUUAGUGAGACUCAGUAAAUUCCUUCAGGCCUUGGCAGAUGGAUCCAGUAGGUUGAGAGAAAGUGAAGGACUUCAGGAACAAAAAGAAAAUCCCCAUGCCACUAGCAACUCCAUUUUUAUCAACUGGAAGGAACAUGCCAACGACCAGCAACACAUCCAGGUUUAUGAAAAUGGGGGUUCACAGCCAAAUGUCAGUUCACAGUUCAGGCUACGGUACCCAGUUGGGGGACUAAACAAUGUGGAUGAAGGCCUAUCAUCUACUGAAAGCCUGAAAGGAUUUAUUGAGAUAAUAAUUCCGUUGCUGAUUGAGUGCUGGAUUGAAGCUGUGCCUCCACAACUAGCUGCUUCUGUCAGAAAUGGUGUAGAACGGGAACCUCUACAGGUUAUGCAGCAAAUUCUUAAUAUUAUUUCUCUUCUGUGGAAACUCUCUAAACAGCACGAUGAAACCCAUAACUUGGAGUCAUGGCUUCGAAAGAAUUACCUUAUUGAUUUCAAGCACCAUUUUAUGAGUCAUUUCCCAUAUGCCUUAAAAGAAAUAACCAAGCACAGAAGGAAAGAGACAAAUAAAAGCAUCAAGCAUUGCACGAUUCUCUCCAAUAACGUAGAUCAUCUCUUACUGAAUUUAACCCUAUCUGAUAUCAUGGUCUCCCUGGCAAAUGCCUCAACUUUGCAGAAAGAUUGCAGUUGGAUAGAAAUGAUAAGGAUGUUUGUGACAGAGACCCUUGAAGAUGGCAUUAGGCUAAAUAGUAAGCAGCUGAACAGAUUGCUUGGAGUAUCGUGGAGGUUAAUGCAGAUACAGCCAAACAGAGAGGCUUCAGAGACUCUUAUCAAGGCAGUUUAUACGUUGUAUCAGCAGAGGGGUCUUCUCCUUCCAGUUCGGACUUUGUUACUAAAGUUUUUCAGUAAAAUCUAUCAGAAAGAAGAACUAAAAUCUUACAGACUCAGACAUCGUAGUAAAGUGUUAUCACGUUGGCUGGCUGGUUUACCAUUGCAACUUGCUCAUCUUGGCUCUCGAAACCCUGAGCUCUCUACACAGCUUAUUGAUAUCAUUCAUACUGCUGCAGCACGAGCAAAUAAAGAAUUACUAAGAAGUUUACAAGCUGCUGCUCUCCGGAUUUAUGAUCCACAAGAAGGCACCGUGGUGGUUCUCCCUGCAGACUCUCAGCAGCGCUUGGUUCAGCUUGUGUAUUUUAUACCCAGUCUCCCUGCUGAUUUGCUUUCUCGGUUCAGUCGUUGCUGUGUUAUGGGAAGACUCAGUUCAAGUUUGGUUGCCAUGCUUAUCGGGAUACUGCACAUGAGAUCAUCUUUUUCUGGGUGGAAGUAUUCUGUGAAAGACUGUUCGAUGAGUGAUGUGGACUAUUUCAGCUUCUUAUUUUCUACACUUACAGGGUUUUCAAAAGAUGAAUUGACUUGGCUUCAGAACCUUCGAGGAGUUCCUCAUGUCAUCCAGACACAGCUUUCCCCUGUGCUUCUCUACCUUACAGACUUGGAUCAAUUUUUACAUCAUUGGGAAGUAACAGAGGCAGUUUUUCACAGUUUAUUGGUUAUCCCUGCCCGAAGUCAGAGUUUUGAUAUCCUGCAAAGUGCCGUCAGUAAGCAUUUGGUUGGGUUGACUGUAAUUCCUGACAGCACGGCUGGCUGUGUUUUUGGUGUUAUCUGUAAGCUCCUGGAUCAUACUUGCAUAGUUAGUGAGACUCUACUGCCAUUUCUGGCUUCUUGUUGCUACAGUCUUCUUUAUUUUCUGCUUACUCUAGAGAAAGGGGAAGCAGAACAUCUAAGAAAGAGGGAUAAGCUCUGGGGGGUCUGUAUCUCCAUCCUGACCCUCCUGCCCCGAGUCCUCAGGCUGAUGCUGCAGAGCCUGCGGGUGAACAGAGUUGGGCCAGAGGAGCUGCCUGUGGUGGGCCAGCUGCUCCGUCUGCUGCUUCAGCAUGCACCUCUCAGGACCCACAUGCUGACCAAUGCCAUCUUGGUGCAGCAGAUCAUUAAGAAUAUCACGACGUUGAAGAGUGGAGGCAUUCAGGAGCAGUGGCUCACAGACUUACAUUACUGCUUCAACGUGCACAUCACUGGGCACCCCCAGGGCCCCAGUGCACUGAGCACAGUGUACUGAAGACGAUAUGAUACCUCCUGUUUGAACCUGUUUAUUCACAUCUAUCUUAUUUUGAAGAUUGAAGAAAGAUUGAUGUAAUAAGUGUUUGUCAUUAAAGCUGAACCUUUAA